UCAGUGCAAAGAAAGAAACCAACCCCGAAGCCUCCAUGACCUCGUCUGCGUAUGAGAGUCUCUGCGAGACUGCGACUCUGCCUCUCGUUGCCUCAUCCUCACUCACGCUGCUGCCUCCACUUCGUUAGCAUCCGGCUCCUUCCCCCCAACCAUAUGGUCUGUGUAGCCUCGUCGACAGGUCAACUGCUUCACCCAGCUUUUUGCAAACUGAUCAAGGCCAGGCCUCGCGAUUCUCUCUGAAAAUCAAAAGGGUGAAGGAGCAUGUUGGACUCUUCUAAAUUUUUUAGUCUGGGAGCCAGCUGUGUGGGAUCUAAUAAUUGCUUAAGACUUCAUCCUCUUCUUUAGAAGUAGAAUGAUUCGUUCCUUGAACCAGAAGAGGCACUUGUGUCUCUGUGUUUAUGUUGCAGACGACUUCAACGCAGAUAGAUUUCGAUGAUACCAGAAGUAGUUGCAUCACUCUUACACCACUGCUCCAAAACGAAGGCCUUUUGGCAAGGUCUUUCCCUUCACGCUGUUGUUCUGAAGACAGGCAUGCAAUGUAAUGUUUUCCUCUCCAAUCAUGUUAUCAAUAUGUAUGCCAAGUGCGGUUACAGCUCCCUUGCCCGCAAAGUGUUUGAUGAAAUGUCCGGACGCAAUCUCAUUUCAUGGUCUGCUAUGAUAUCUGGAUAUGACCAAUGUGGGGAGCACAUGUUAGCACUUGAUCUGUUUUCUAAAAUGCACCUUGCACCUAACGAAUACAUUUUUGCUAGUGCUGUCAGUGCUUGUGCAAGUCUUGCAGCUUUGGAGCUGGGGUUGCAGAUUCAUGCUCAAACACUCAAGUCUGGUUAUGAAUGCAUCUCCUUUGUUUCUAACUCGCUUAUCUCUAUGUAUAUGAGAUGCGGACAGUGUAGAUUUGCUUUAUCAGUUUAUAGCAAUGCGGUGAAUCCAAAUUCUGUUUCUUAUAAUGCUUUGAUCACUGGGUAUAUUGAAAAUCAUGAACCUGAAAAAGGGUUUGAGGUGUUCAAAUAUAUGCAUAAACUGGGUCUUGUUCCUGAUUCUUUUACAUUUAUGGGACUGUUAGGGUUUUGCACCGAGUCAAAUGAUUUAAGAACAGGGAUGUCAUUACAUUGCCAAACAAUUAAACUUAAAUUGGACUCUACCCCCCUUAUUGGCAAUGUAAUAAUGGCAAUGUAUGCGAAGUCUAAUUUCAUUGAAGAAGUGGAGAAGGCUUUUAGAGUGAUCAUAGACAAAGACGUCAUUUCCUGGAACACUAUAAUUUCUGCCUUUUCUCAUUCAUCAGAUCAAACUAGAUGUUUAGAGUUUUUCAGAGAGAUGAGGAAUGAAAGUAGCGCAAGGCCAGAUUACUUCACAUUUGCUAGCAUCCUUGCUGCCUGUGCUUCGAAUGCUUCUAUUCUCCUAGGAAAGCAAAUCCAUGCUUAUCUAAUUAGAGCAAGAGAAUAUCAAGAUAUAGGAGUUAGUAAUGCUCUUGUGAGUAUGUAUGCGAAAAGCGGUUCUAUUGAAUAUGCUUAUAAUUUAUUCAAUAAGAUGUCCUGUCACAACCUCGUCUCAUGGAAUGCUAUGAUUGCUGCAUUUGGAAAUCACGGUCUUGGUGAUAAAGCGAUUGAAGCUUUUGAGCAGAUGAAAGUGGUUGGUGUAAAACCAGAUUCAAUUACAUUUGUUGCCCUAUUAAUUGCGUGUAACCAUGCAGGAUUGGUAGACAGGGGCAAACUGUACUUCAACUCUAUGAAAGAAAAGUAUGGGAUAAACCCAAGUGUUGAACAUUUCUCAUGUCUUAUCGACAUGCUUGGAAGAGCAGGAAGAUUAUCUGAGGCAGAAGAGUACAUGAGGGAAUUUAAUCGAUGGAAUGAUCCCAUUGUGUUAGGGAGCUUGCUUUCAGCUUGUAGGCUGCAUGGAAACAUAGCCACAGGGGAACGUCUGGCUAGGCAGCUUCUUCAAGGUCAACCCGUGGGUUCUUCACCUUAUGUCUUGUUAUCAAGUUUAUAUGCUUCAGAUGAGAAGUGGUAUGAGGCCGCUAAUGCGAGAAAGAUGUUGAAGGUUAGUGGACUAAGGAAAGAAAAAUUUUACUGCAGUACUCUAUACGGUAAUUCUUUUAAAUUUAUGAUAAAAAUGACAAAAUUACCCUCAAUAAGGUGACUUAUUCAUUCUCAUACUAUAUGUUGUUUGUUUUCCUAUUUUACUUGUUUAUAAUUUUACUUCCACUUCAUGUCAUUCUAAGGGCUAUAAACAAGUAAAGUAGGAAAACGAACAACAUUUUGUAAAUAAAUAAGUAACAUAUAGUAUGGGAAUGAACAAAUUUUCUUACUUACGGUAUGUUAUUUAUUUAAAUGAGGGCAAUUUUGUUGAAUUUUAAAAAUUCUGAAGUUCUCUUUUUAAUAUGUUUGGUCAAGGGUUCCUACUUAAAAUUUUCCCUAUGAAAAACUCACUAUGGUGGAUUUUUCCCAUUGAAAGAUUCAAAAAAUUAAACAUGUACUUAGAACGUUAAAUUAGGCUGUUAGUACAAUUUCAUCAACGUAGUACUUUCUUAAUAAUAAAAAUAGUAUUCGAAAAGGAAAAGGGGCAUGGCCUCCUCUUCAAUGCAAGGCAUAUUUUUUUA